AUGUGCUUUUAUUCCAGUUACUCUAAAGUCCGGCCAAUCAAUCCAGGGCCAACCAACUUCCCGCCAUCCCCGGAAAGCAGCUUGAUAGUUAAUUUCAAUUCAGCGCUGCCUUUGCUAUCGCGCCUCGUGUGUGGUCUGCUGCUGUGCCCACGCCGUUGCAGUCCAGUCCAGUCCAGAAGAAUUUAG